UGCUGCCCUCUGAUAAAUUAUAUACGUGUGUAUGUAGCAAAACAAAAAGCCCAAUUUCCCAAUUUCCCAAACGCUAUAACCCCUCUUCUUCUCCUUUUGGGAUAUAAAUUCACUCUCUUCUUCUUAUCAAUCGAUCAGACCAGAAAUCCCUCACACACAAAGAGGGAGACAACAAACCCUUCUGCUGGUUUCUUCUUCUUCUGAUAUCAUCAGAAGAUUCUCAGAGCCUUAGCCAUGGGGAAGAAGAGAAAGUCCAUAGCCACCAGCCUCGACGAGGUGGAUCGAAGCAUGUACACCUCCUUCUGCAGCGCCGCUAAUUCUCUCUCUCAGCUCUACACUCAGGCCAUGAACCACCAAAAGCUCUCCUUUCAAGCCGGUGAACGCCACGCCCUCGAUAAAAUUUAUCAGUGGAUCAGUAGACAACAAGAAGGAGGCUCAAGAGUUACAACAGUGGAUAUAGUCAGUUAUCUUCAGAAUGAGUUGGACUAUUGUGGAGAGGAGCAGCCGUCAAUGUCCCCCAGGGUGCCACUUCAACAUCAGCAUCUUCAGCCCACUGUGCAUUUCACAAACUCAGGUUUCCCAGUUUCUUCUGGCUCAUCUGGCCCAACAAAUACUGGGCAGGGAAUUCGUUCUGAGCAAUGUGAUCACCAAUCUAAAAAUUCAGUCUUCUCAAAUGCUCUGUCAAGCCCUGUUCGCCAGAGUCUUCAGCACUAUCACAUUUCUCAAGAUGGAUAUUACCCAGGUGCAGGUCUGCCAUCUGGAAAUGGAGCUCGAAACAAUGAACCUAGCUUUCUCCACCCGAACCGGGAUGCUAAUCCGCCAAGUUCCAAUGAUACCUCGAUGGACAUGCAUGCAGAUAGUCCUGGUCAUGAUUCUACCUACUAAAAGUUCUUGGACGGAUGGCUGAUCCAAGGAUUCUUUGCCAUAGGACGAUUGAAAAGUCUUGGAAGAACCAUGACAAUACAAAGGUUCUCUUUCAUGCAAUUCCCUAAGUGAAGAAGGCACAACCUGGAAGCGGUAAUGCAAUCAAUUCAAUUUACUUGUCUUAUUUGAGAAAAGCUUGGUCUUUUUCUUCUGUAACCAUCUUUUUGGUACCUAUCCUUCUGUUUCAUUUUGUUUUACCAAAAAACCUGUGUUUCUAUUAGGAAUUGCAUCUAAUGUUGAAAGACAAUCUCUGUAAAUGUAUUGAUUCCGCUUUUAUAUUAUAAAGAUUUCAGUCAUUAAAA